UUUUUUUUUUUUUUUUUUUUACUCGCAUCUGGAUCCCAGUACGAGUCGCAAACAGCCCAGCGUCCUGUGCCGCAGAAACCACGGCGUCUUUAAAUUUGGGAAAGAAAGCAAGAAAAGAAGAAGAAGAAGAAAAAAGGGAAGACAGAAGAAACCCAGCUCUCCUCCGGCAACUUUCUGCGGUCUGCUGUCCUCCCGUGGUUUAUUCGUUCGUCGAAGCCGUGAAGCAGUUUGUGUGAGACUGUGAUUGUUGCCUCAAGUUGGAGAGAAAGUUUUUUUUUCAGUUCGCUGUUUUCGCACAUCAGUUUUUGUUUCCCCCCUGUCGAGUCUGGGACUUGAUACCGAACUAAUACCUGUUGCUUUUAAACGUGCGACGUUUUAACAGGGUUUAGACUUUAUUUCCUUUUUUUUUCGGCGUUUUUCUCUCUUCUUUUCUGGCUCCCAAAUUGUUGCUGCAGAGCUGGCCUCGGAGCUGCUGUGAAUGAAGUUUCUGUCGAGCUGAAGAAAUCUCCAUGAGGAAACGCAGCCUGAGAGACGCGCUAACUUUCCCUUAACUAACAAAACACACAAGACACCUGGGAGGCUGUCUACCUAUUCUGAGUUUUAAAUUAAUUUUUUACGGCUUUUAUUAUUUUUGAAAACAUCUUCUUUUUUUCUUUUUUUAAAAACCUUAAAAUGAAGACGCUGUCGGUGCUGUGUGUAGUCUGCACGCUGGCUGUGUUGUCCGUCUCGGCAACCGCGGAGCCAAAGUUGAAAAACUGUAACGAAGUUCGGGAGGCGUUCACCUCCAAAGGCUUUAACAUGAACGAUGCCCCCAACAAAGUAGUCAACGGAGCGCCGCUGAAGGUGUGUCCGCAGGGUUUCACCUGCUGCACGGCCGAGAUGGAGGACAAGCUGAGUCAGCAGAGCCACACGGAGAUCAAAGCCCCCGUGUCCCGGCUUAGCACCAGUCUACAAUCCACCUUCAAACAGAGACACGACCACUUUGACAAGUUCUUCAAGGAGCUCCUGAAAAACUCCCAGACGUCACUGCACAACAUGUUCGUGCGGACUUACGGCAAGAUGUACAUAGAGAACUCCCAGCUGUUCACGGACUUCUUCGCCUCGCUGACCCGCUACUACGUCUCCGGCAGCUCCGCCGUCAACCUGGAUUCCAUGCUGUCGGACUUCUGGGCCGACCUCCUGGAGAGGAUGUUCCGGCUGGUCAACGUCCAGUACGAGUUCAGCGACGCCUACAUGGAGUGCGUGAGCCAGCACACGGAGCAGCUGCAGCCCUUCGGCGACGUUCCGCGCAAGAUGCGGGUCCAGAUGACGCGAGCCUUCGUGGCUGCGCGCACCUUCGUGAGAGGCCUCGCCCUCAUGCCAGACGUGGUGAAUAAGGUGUCCACGGUCAGCGCAUCUCCCAGCUGCGUUCGAGCAGCCAUGAAGAUGUUGUACUGUCCCUACUGCUCCGGCCAAGUGGCCCUGAAGCCCUGCCAGAAUUACUGUCUGAACGUGAUGCGGGGGUGUUUGGCUAACCAGGCUGACCUGGACACGGAGUGGAACAACUUCCUCGAUGCCAUGCUGGGCCUGGCCGACAGGCUCGAAGGGCCCUUCAACUUCGAGUCCGUCAUGGACCCGCUCGACGUCAAGAUCUCCGAGGCCAUCAUGAACAUGCAGGAGAACAGCGUGCAAGUCUCGCAGAGGGUCUUCCAGGGAUGCGGGACGCCCAAACCCAACAAGGCCGUCCGCUCCAAACGGUCAGGGAAGGAAACGGGCUUCACCGGCCGCUUCCGGCCCUACAGUCCAGAAGCGAGACCGACGACCGCGGCUGGGACCAGUUUAGAUCGGCUGGUGAGGAACCGGACAGUGAGCCGCAGCUCUGUGUUUGUCCUGUUGCCUGAAAUGUGCUUCGUUUGCGCCGCACAGACCACGGAAGUGAAGAAGAAGCUGAAACACGCAAAGAAGUUCUGGUCGACAUUGCCGGAGACGGUGUGCGCAGCGGAAAGGACCGCACCUGGCGAUGAGUGCUGGAACGGUACAGCCAAAAGCAGAUACCAAUCGGAUGUGAUUGGCAACGGGCUGGCCAAUCAGGUUUCCAACCCUGAUGUGGAGGUGGACAUUACCAAACCAGAUGUCGUGAUUCGCACCCAGAUUGCAGUCUUAAAGGACAUGACGAACCGGCUGAAAGCGGCGCACAGUGGAAACGACGUGACCUUUGAAUUAGAGGAUGAGGCUAGCGGAGACAGCGAGAGCGGCAGCGGCUGCGACUCCCCGUCGUGCGGCGAGGACGACAUCUACAUCUCCACCUCGCAGAACCCGGAGAAGCCCAGGGUCAAAUCGGUGCAAACAGACUCGUCAUCGGCGUCCUCGCGGGGAGGCCUGGCGCCGGCGCUGGCGCUCUGCGGGCCGGCCCUGGCCCUGCUCGCCCCCCACUGGAGAUAAAGACCAUCAGGACGGGAGAGGAAGAGAAGAUCGACCAGGAUUACAAGAAUGAAGGGGAGCCCUGUCAGAGAGACUUUAAAAAGACUUGCCUUCAGGACCUCAGACUGGGGCGGAUGAGGGAGGGGGGGAGAAACUCUUCUUGAUAUUACAAUAACUUCACUAUUAACUAUUUGUAUGUUUGUAAGGACAUCAGUGUAUGGCAGGUGGAUUUUACGUCUGAAAAAUCCACCUGUUUUACCCCCCCACCUCACAGUUUCAUAAACUUCCUUUAGGUUCUGCUUGCAGCGUUACAAACAUAUAGCAAAUUGUGCCUUUUUUUUUUUUUUUUUUCUGCCCAGCGAUAUCAAUAACAGUCGAUGAUUGGUUGCCUGUAUUGAGACAUCUUCAUAUUUCUGAUGAUGUACUUGCUGUCCAUCACUCGUGGAUCAUUCAUACAACAUGCAAACUGUGAAUUACUCUGGAUAAUCAGCCUAUCAAAUUAUUAUUUUUUUUACUCAAGCACUCAUCACUCAGAAUUACAGGAAGGUGUUGCAAAACAGGUGUUCAACUUCCUCCCGGCAUUCGUGCGUUAUUGUAUGUCAGCGUAUGUAACACCCUAAACCUUCCCUCUUUUUUUAUUUUUUAGUUUUUUUUAGUUCCACACCUUGCACAGCUCAUCUCAUACCUCAUGAAUACUCUCAAUGCAAGCCGGCGAUACGGAGUCAAUCCGGAAGAGCCGGCCCCCGUUUCCCCUGGCAACAGCCCAGAAGAAGGUGGCGAGUCACGCCGCCACCCCCGCUGGUCGAGGUAGCUCAGUUCAUCACAAAGCGGUCCGGCUCUGUAACGGUCCGAGUCGGGAGAAGUCGGAGCAUUUUGGAGUAUCAACCGGAGAACGUUUUGAUUAAAAAAAAAAAAAAACAACCGGGAAGUUUAUUACAGGGUUGUUUUGUUUAUCAUUAUUAUUUGGUAUGAAAGAAUACAUUUGGUACUACGGUAGAUUUUACAAAAUUCUUCCUGCGUCAUUCACUCACCCGUUUAAUCUACCUACUUUAAAAAUCAGUAGCGCAUGCAAAAUGUUAAUGUCUUCAUAUUUUUUUGGUACUUUUUUUCUUUUUUUUUUUGUUAAAGCAAAGACUGUAGAUGUUUUGUAAUUUGCGGCCUAUCCUCGACAUUUCAACCGUAAAAUCCAGCGUUUUGUACAGUAACUUAUGUCUGUAUUUUAACGGGAUUGGAAAAGAAUGAUGCAGUACUAAAUUAAUCAAAACCAGAUGAGCAAAAACAUAGGUUGAAAAAUUAUUUUUAAAUCAAGUUACUACAUGGAUUAAAUGGGUUUGAAUAACAAUUUAGCAAAAAAUUGUUGUUUUUUUUGUUUGUUUUUUUUUCUGGUCUGGAAAAGCUACUUAGGAAAAACGUAAAAUUAGACCAUUUUCCAACUUAACAAUCUUGCUUUUGAAGGAUUUGAUGAAAUCUCUAUGCAACGGAUUGUAAAGUACCGGAGCCUUUAUAAGGAAAAACAGCAAGGCUGCGCUUCAGCUUCAUUUGCCAUUACAUUUCCCAUGUUUUCAUGUUCCGCAAACAUUUCUGCGAGGGUUUUGUGCACGCGUCGGAAGAGCAAAGUUGUCAAAGAAACAUUCGGAGGAAAUGUUUCAGGUGACGAUGGUGAAUGUUUUUUGUUUGCAGGUCAGGGCAGCAGUGGCGGGUUUCUUUUUUUUUCUUCUUCUUCUUUUUUUCUUGUUUGUUUUUCAGCUGGCAGGAAACGGCCCGGCUGCUGGAUGUUUAUUUGAUCCACAGAGAAAUGUCAGUCCCAUGACUGAGAUAAUUAGAAAAGAAAAAGAAAAGUCGAACUUUGACAGCUGUUAGAAAUCCUUCCGCCUGCCUCUGGCCCACAAGAAGAGAAAGGACUCCCUCUCUGAGGAGAGGGUGGCUGACUGACUGACUGACUGAAAUGUAUGAAUGAUGUGUAAAUAGAGAGCAGCCGUUUCUAGAUGUCUCUAAAAGAGGCCUUAACAGUACACCAGAUUUUUACUUGUCAGAGUAAAAAUAAAUGUUAUGGAAGAAAACGAGAUGAGAUAGAUGUUAAAUUGUAAGAGAAAAUGUAUAUUAAACAUUUCUUAGUCUUGUGGAAAUAAAGACUGCCAAUAUUUAAA